AACAAAUGCAUUUCCUUAAACUUUUAAAAACUGGUAUUUCGAUCAAGCAAGUGGCCUUGGAAUUUGUACAAACUUUGCUGAAAAAAUCCUGGCAGGAAAAAGAAUUAAGCCUAGAAUUUACCUGUAACUUUGUUAAUGAUCUCCUACAGGGACUAGGACUAGAGUGUCAUAUAACAGCUGAAGAAAUUAACUCCGGUGGACCUUAUGAUUGGCCUUUAGAACAAAUACAAAUUUAUAAUUUUCAUUAUAUUGAAAUGGAUUUUCAUAAUUUGGAAGAAUUUCUGGAAGAGGUAUGCUCCUUGGUGCAAAUGCAACAUGAAAUAUUUCUAAAUGAUGUUAAGGAGCUGCAUGAUGAUGAGGAUAUUGAAAGUCCAGUGGAAUAUUUAAUGCAAUUAACGGCUGUAUGGUGUAAUGUUUAUAAACAAUUGCAAAAAUUAGAAGAGCUGCAGGUGAAUAAAAGAUUUGAGGAACCCUUGGCUAGAAUAAAUUUCCAUAUGCUAAAAGGUAUGCAUGAUUUACGUAAACUUUAUCGUUUGGAUUUACAUCUAUUGGAUGCCAUAUGUAAUCGUUUAUAUUGGAGUGCUUUGCAGGGACUUUAUUACAAACAAACCCAUGAUAUGAUAUUUUCCGGUUUACUAGAUAUAUUCACCAAAGAUUUUGAUUUGUUUUACACAAGUUCCACACAAACUAUAAAUUUCUUCUACGAAGCCUUUUCCGUAGACAUUAAUACUUUAACACCCUUAAAGCUUUAUGAAUGUUUAAAAAAUAUGCUCAUGGAACUGGACAACUCUUAUAAAUUGAAUAUAUUAAUAAACUUUCUCAUUGAACCCUUUAUGUUGCAAAUAUAUUUCACCACAUUUCUUGCGAAAAGACAUAAAUGGUAUAAUAAAAUAACCAGCAAAAAUUUGGAGAAAAUCCAACAGGAAGCCUUAAAAUUUUUAAAUAUAUUACAAAGCAAACUUGUAACUUUAGAUUGUUUUUCACGUGAAUUCAUGGAAUCUCUAUUAAAUGUUAUCUUUAAAACUGAUCACAUAACCUCAAAUUUAUCCUGUCAAUUGUAUAUAACCAUGAUGAAGCGCAAAUUUUCAGAAACAUUGAUUUUAAAACAUAUAAUGGAUUUUUAUGUUCGACAUAUGGGUUCCAUUGUUAAUUUGAAAACUUACAUUGAAGCUAUAUACGAUUCUUUGGAGUUUUUAUUGAAUUUUAAUAAUUUAUUAGAAAUAAUAACAGAUAUCAAUACCACGGAAAUUAUUAGAUUAUUAAGUGCUCAUAUAUUGGUUAUAGUAUUCGAACUGAAAGUUAAGGAGGAAGAUUCCUCUUCGCAACAAGAACUACAACACUUACUGCAAAUAUUACCCGAAAUAUUUGAAAAUUUACUUUGUCAAAAGACCGAGGGCAUCCUGUUAAAGAUCUACUCUUUCAUACCGACAGAAAAUUUACAAAAACCGAUCCUGGACAAUUUUAUCCAUUAUGCUGUGGGCAUAUUUACACAUUUCGCCAAUAAUCUGCAAUAUCCUUUGCUAAUGAAUAUUUUCCAGGUUUUUCAUAAAUUUUUAAAUUUUAACAGAGAAUGGCAACAUUUAGAACAAUUAAGUGAUCAUUUAUUACAUAAAUAUCAUGAAAUGUUAAGAGAUUUACGUAAACGAGAAGAAAAUUCUGAAAAGAUUUUAAAAAUUCCUUUGACGGAUUAUAAUAAUUUACUCAAACGUUUUAAUAUUAUAUUAAAAACCAAAUAUGAAUUAUUGGAUAAUAACUAUUUACAAAUCGUAAGAGAUUUGUCUCAUUACUUUCUUUAUCAUCCCGAUAUUAAAGCGAUAAUUUUAAAAGAAAAAUCUUUUAUCGAUUUAUAUGUUUUGGAAAUAGUCAUUUCGUGCAUAUUGAAAUUAUUUAAAGUGCAAAAUGCCAAUAAUCAAAAUUAUACAUUUUUCAUUGAGGCUCAGGAAUUAUUUAAAUAUCUUUGGUUGUUAUUAAAGGAUAUGGAAGAAUUGUUAAAGUUACCAGUUGUAAGAAUAAAAACGUAUUUCUGUUCUUUACUGGUCUUACUGACUUAUCUACCUCUAAAACUGGAGUCUAAUGUUUAUCAGCAAUUGGUGCAAAUUCUUAUAGAGUUAAAUUUUAAAAGCAGGUCUCUUAAUCGUACAGAAGGCGAUGAGUCACAGCAAUUGCAUCCUUUAAAAUCUUUAGAAUAUCAACGUUUAAUGAUGCGACAAUUUACGGAAAUGCAUAAACACCAAAGGGUGCAAAUUCAUACCAACACGGUUUGGAAAUUGUGUAUUUAUUAUGGAAUGUUCAAACGCUCUUUUCAAAAAGAAUUAAAGGAUUUACUCAUGACCUUGGCCAAUUAUAGAUUAAAUAUCUAUAAACACAUAAUUUCCGUACUAAUAUAUAAUCUUUAUAAACAAAACCCUACUCUCAAGCACAUGACUAUAGUGUUUAUACUAAAACAGCACAAACAUUUAAUUGAUAACGAUAUAAAUGUCGAUUCAACACCUUUACUUAAAGUCCAUGUAGUGUUAUUGGUAUUACAAAUAUUAACAAAGGCCUUAAGUGUUCAACGUCUAAAGACUGGUCACAAUCGUUUGGAGGCUUUAAAGUAUUUAAACAUUUUUACGAUGGACUUAGAUUUGAAUGAAUUGCAAGCAAAACAAUUAAUGGAGGAACAAUUGCAGCAAAUGUCUCAACAUUUAAUUACAGCUGAGGAACGUAAAUUUUUGGAUCAAUUUAAAGUUGAAAUGGAAAAACAGGUAUCUUAGAAAGUUACGUUGCUUUACUAUGUUUUGUUUUUGUUUAUUUAUAUAAUUUAAUAACCCAUCAGACAUUGCAGUGUCUCUUAAAUUUUAUUAUUAUUUUAUUUAAUUUCUUUUCAUUUUUAUAUUUAUUACAUUAUUAUUAUUAUUUAAUUUAAAUUUUAAU